UUUGCUGCUUGUCAUUGUAUGCUACUUAUGGAGCAGGCAGGUGUAUUGAGACUACUAAGAGGAUUGCUUGUUUUGAAGCCAACACAAUAUAGGAUACACUAUGAUCACUUAAAUUGCAAUAGAAGAUCAUUAAGGCGGUCCUACCAGACAUCUUGUAAAAGUCUGGUCUACAGAAGACAUGGUCCUUGGAAGGAAGUUUUAAAGUUGGAGAAUGUCCCUCUACCUCAUGUUGGAGAGCAAGAUAUCCAUAUCAGGAUGCUGGCUGCUCCGGUUAAUCCUGCAGAUAUCAACAUGUUACAAGGGAAUUAUGGAAUUCUACCUCACUUACCAGCAAUAGGUGGAAAUGAAGGAGUGGGGGAGGUGAUAAAUGUUGGUUGUCAAGUCCACAGAAUCAAACCUGGAGAUUGGGUUAUACCAAUUGAUUGCGGCUUUGGUACAUGGAGAACGGAAGCAGUUUGCAAGUUAAAUCAAGUCAUUCCUGUAAGUAAAGACAUCUCUCGUCUCAGCGCUGCAACACUCGGUGUUAACCCUUGCACUGCCUAUCGCAUGCUCAACGAUUUUGAGACUCUGACUGCUGGUGAAACUGUAAUUCAAAAUGGUGCCAACAGCGCUGUCGGACAAGCUGUUAUUCAGAUCUGUGCAUCAAUGGGGGUGAAUACCAUUAAUGUAAUCAGAGACAGACCUAAUGUGGCUGAACUGAAGGGGAAACUAUUGUCUCUCGGUGCCAGCUAUGUUAUAACUGAGGAUAUGCUGCAGCAACCAGUAAUGGCAAAUCUAUUUAAGGUGGUUGAUAGGCCCAAAUUAGCUCUCAACUGUGUAGGUGGAAACAGUGCGGGAAAUCUCUUCUGCCAUCUCAAGUAUGGGAGUACUAUGGUAACAUAUGGAGGAAUGUCAAGGAAACCAACUCCUUUACCUGCUAAAGCAUUAAUAUUUAGAAACAUAAAAGUAUGUGGCUUUUGGAUGACACAAUGGAAGAGAAACCAUAUGCAUGACCUAACAAAAUUAACCGUUAUGGUGUCAGAGUUAUCAGAGAUGGUAAGAAGAGGACAACUGCUGGAACCCAUAUGCACAGAAGUACCAUUUCAGGACUACAUAAAAGCACUACAAGCCUGCAUGGAGCCUUAUAGCCUCAAGCAUGUACUAAUCAUGAAGUAACAAAGUCAUGUUUGUCUGAUAUGUAUAAUGCACACAGAGCUGAAGUCAUCUUCUGCCUAUUCCUCCAGUGCCGACCAGGCUUUAAAUGGAAUAGGCAUAAUUUAACAAAAAACAUUUAGGUCUAUACAAAAAUUAUAUGGGGGAGCUUUAUCAUCUCUCUUUGCUAUUUUUGUGGCGUAAAAAAAUUAAAAAAGUCAGACAUCUUUUGUGACUGCACCACUUUCUGAAAAGGGGGCAUGAUGAGGGCGAACGGUGGGUAAACCCAAAACAUUUAUCUUUUUUUGCACCUGUUUUCAGGAGUAAAUGAAGAGAGAAGUUUAAGUGUAGCCUAUGCGAGUCUUAGCCUUGGCCGGCAGCGAAGGAGAUUUCAAAAACUAGCGCAAAACGGCAGCCUUUGAUAAAUUCCCCCCUAUAUAUAUGUGUGUGUGUAUGUUUGCACAGUUGAAAUACAUGUUGGAAAAUUCUGUAUUUUUACUGGGAAUCCUAGGGUUAGACUCAGAUUUAUCUUGUGGGUCUGCACACAGAUUAACUCCACAUGGAUUCCGCAUCAAGAAGUGACAUACCAUUUAUUUUCUGCAACACAGAUUUCAAAUAGUCAUCAGGAAAAAUCUGUGCCUCAUGACUAAAGGCCCUAUUACACUGCAAGAUUUCAUGUCAGUUUUAGGGUAUGUGAAUUAUAAUUGAGCAGCUGAUCAUUGUCAUCCAAUCUCCCUGUGUAAUCAGGCAUGUGCUGCGAAUAAUGAAUAGAACAGAAUGAAGGACGGCUGCAGUAGCAAACGUUCCUCCCACAUUCAAGAUGCAGCCUGUGUAAUCAGACAGUACAAAAGAGUGCGGAUGGAUGUGUUAUCUUCCAUCGGCGGUUUCAUUGACCAAAUAUCAGGCAGUGUAAUACCACACUUAGGCGCAUAUUCCCACUAAAUUUCAGUGAUACGCUAAUACACAUAUAUUUAACAUUAAUUUUGGAGUGAAAUAACACCAUAAUCCACAUGAAGAGUAAGGGUACUUUCACACUAGCGGCAGGGGAGUCCGGCAGGCUGUUCCAGCAGGUGAACAGCCUGUCGAAUCCGUCCUGCCGCUAGUU